ACAAAGAAAACCAAAAUCCUUUCCCAUUUUUCCUCUAAAAAGUCAAGAAUAUUCAAAUCCCAAUUUUGCUUUGAAUUAAUCUAACCAGGAAAUCUCAAACUUGAUUACUUGGACUAAAUUUUCUAUCCCUUUCUCUUUCAUCUUUCUUUCAAUAUUCCUCCCCUCUCUCGUGUAUGAACUGGUGUGUAUAUUUAUAUGGAUUCACGUGCGUUUGUCAACUAAGAUUUUUCCCCUUCAAUCGAUCUUUACUCCUUUCAAAAAGAAAUAAAAAGGGAACCACACCUCACCUCUCUGUGUUUCCAUUGAAGAUCGGAAUAGGGUUUUUCAAGCUUUCUUUCUUCAUUUCCUGUGUUUUGGGUUUGGGGGAGAAAAAAUGGAACUUGCUUUGAGCUUGGGGGAUUCAUCGAAGCCGUUUUCGUUUCUAGACAAAACCCCGAAAUUAUCUGGGAAAGAUCUUGGGUUUUGCAUGGCGGUUGGUGGUGGUCGGAGUUCGAGAUCGCCGGAAAAAGAGGAGGAGCCUACGCCUGGACGAGAUGGAGGUGAGAGAAGGGGUUCCUCAGAUCCACCUGUUCAGCUUGAUCUUCUCCCUUUCUCUCCGGUUCCUCGCCGCCAGACUUCUCAACUCCGAUUUCCUUGGCUCACCGAUAACAAUGAGGCCUCACCGUACAUUCGUGUGAUUUUUACAGUUGGGACGGAACCGGGUUCCGGCGGCUUAGAUGUGAACCGGUUACCGGUGCUGGCGGGGGCGGACGAUGCAGAGGAUGGGGCGGCGCUGUCGUCUCCGAACAGCGCGGUGUCGUCGUUUCCGAUGGAUUUUGGAAUAGGAAAUGGAAGUAGUAGAGGAAAGAGAGAUAUGGAGGCUGAGACUGAGCGAGCGAGUUCCCGAGCGAGUGAUGACGACGAGAACGGUUUAACUCGGAAGAAACUCAGGCUCUCUAAAGAACAGUCUGCUUUUCUUGAAGAAAGCUUCAAAGAACACAACACUCUCAAUCCUAAACAAAAGCUCGCACUGGCCAAGCAACUGAAUCUUCGUCCUCGCCAAGUGGAGGUCUGGUUCCAGAACCGAAGAGCGAGGACGAAGUUGAAGCAGACGGAGGUAGACUGUGAGUAUUUGAAGAGAUGCUGCGAGACAUUGACGGAAGAGAACAGGAGGCUGCAGAAAGAGUUGCAGGAAUUGAGAGCACUGAAAACUUCUCAGCCUUUCUACAUGCAGCUGCCUGCCACCACUCUCACUAUGUGUCCCUCUUGUGAGCGCGUCGCCACCACCACCACCACCUCCGCCACCACUAAAACUGUCAAUACGGGCAACCAUGGCACCGCGAAUGGUGUAGCCUUGCCUCUGAAUAGGCCUAAGUUGCACCCAUUCUCUGCACUAAAACCAGCACAAGGGUCGCAGACACAGGCUCAGGCCCACCAGGCUGCUUCAUGAGCCAUGGGAUGUGACCAGUCAAAAGAUGUGCAUGCCUUUUUGGAUUUUGUGUAAAUAGUCUUGGCUUGGAGAAUGGGAUAUGGGAUUUUCUUUAUUAUUAUUUUUUUUCUAAAGGAAGAAUGUCUCUUGGUGUUUUUCUUGUUUGGUGGGAAGAUAGGAAAGGAUAUUCCAAGAAGUUUCAGUUGUGUUUACUGAUCCAGCUAGGAAAAGUGGGAGAAAUUUUUGUUACCAGUAGAAAGUUGAUUAAUUAAAUUAAUGAAUAUAUA